AUGGAUCAUCGACCACAAGCAAGGGGUCCCAUUCCGCUCGUCCCCGGUCGACCGCGCCGUCAACCAUAUUCUCAACCUUACCAGGCUCCUUCUUCACCUUAUCGACCGGGCACUUCGCCGAACUCGAGAAUGCCAGUACCGUAUCACCCUUCACAUCCUCCUUACCUUCCCGGGACUUCCUCAACGGCAUCGCCCAACCCGGGAUUGCAUGGGCACCCGGGUCCAGGUCGAGGAUAUCAUCACGUCCAUACCACGACCACUGUACAUCAUCACCACUAUCAUCACUCGCCUCCACCGUCCCCCUCACCUUCUUCAACUCCGUACCAUCAUCAUCAUCGAGUGCACCCUUACCCUUUCGUGCCACCCCCAGUCCCCGUAGGGGCAUUCCGACCGCUCUUUCCCUUUCACGCUUUCAUACCAUUUAUUCCGGGGAUGGGAAUGGCAGCCGGGCCACGCUAUGGAGCCGGACACGGGCACGGGUUCGGAUAUGGGUUUGGGUACAACGGAAACCAGCAGGAGGAAGAAGAGGGACAGGGAGACGACGGACAAGGGGAUGAGAGGGAACGAGCGUUCCCACCCAACGGACCUCGUCUGUUUCCCCGUCCUAGCUCUGGACCGAAUCGAGCCGGUCCAUCGUCCACGAGAAGGAGAAGAGAGGAAGAGCGAGCUGGGUUCGAAGUUCACCAUCCGGAUGGGACGGUAGAAUUUGAACAAGCCGGGCCGGUCAUCGAGGAGAUGGAGAUGGAGGAGGACGAGGUAGUAGGAAGCUCUUCAGGCGGCAACGGGCGUGCAGGAGAAGAAGGAGCUGGGCAAGACGAUGAAGAGGGAGACGAGCGGGAGGGGGAAUGGCUGCGUAUCGAGUGGAACUCAACAGAUCGAGAGAUAGACCCGUCUGAUAUGGAGGUCGAGCAAGAAUCCAUGCCGAUCCCCGUGACCGUACCUCCUUCGUCUCCAGAAGACUCUAGUUCAUCUACUCCCGUUUCUCAAGGGCCGGAUGUGGACAUGAACAGACAAAGACCGGCGUCACCAUCACAAUCGCCGGUCCCGGCCACACUAGCCAGCAUUCCGCUACGCAUUCCCGCCACAGUACAAACCCCCGUCCGACCUACUCCUAAGCAUUCACUUCCACCAGGAAUAAGGGCACCCACAGGGACGCCCGAGUUGAAACCCAUCUUGGACAUAAUCCCCGAGUCUGAAGGCGAAACACGAUCUGCUGCAGCUCGAUCUGGGACUGGGUUGUCGGAGACGGGCUUGGAAGCGCUUGAACUUGGAGCUCCGACACCGGGAAACAAGGUUCCGAUUGUCAAGGCCGUUGCGCCGAGCUCAUCUCUACCGACACACACGCCCAUGUCUGUAAAGCAGAGUUUGGUCGGAACGGAUCCUCGGCCGAUCGCCGUGGUUCCGCUGCUCCCAAGUCCCGGCGAUGAAGCGCGAGCGAGACCGAACGCAAGUAAGCAGGACGAUUCUUCCCCUACUCGCCGUUCGUCCGGGACACAAGCGAGAACGCAGAAUACCGACAACAACAGCAACUCCGACGAAGUGGCCGACCAUGCCGCGCGACCACCGGUCUCUGCCGGACUCCCUUCUCCCGAACCGGCACAAGUACUGGACAGGUUACUCGAAGUGACAGGUCUUUCGGCGAGACAAUUCAUGAACAUGCUGGAACGAGGGGAAUUCAAAAUGGAAAAUGGAGUGCCAGUGCGAACACUGCAGACGGGCGGUGUACCCUAG